AGAAAUUGUCAUAUCAACAAGUGCAGGGCUCAUUUAAAAUAUGACAGUAACUAUAAAUGUUGAUUAGCACACCUCUCUCUGGCUUGGCGGCGCGGGGACAGGACGCUGCGCACUAGUGAAACGGUGAAAGGUUUGCAAUGCUUUGCGAUCAGCGCUGCUACCUCGUAACUAGCCUUUGUAGCAUUCUCGUUUGACUCUCGAGCUUUUGUAAAAUAUUGCUGCUGUGAGAUUAAGCUAGCUUCAAGGUGUUUCAGUUUCUCGCUGCGUUCAUUACCUGUGAUCUUGUCAUGUGCCUCAGCAUGUUUAGUUUGAUAAUGUCGCUUCACAUUGAACUCUUUAAAAACAGCCACUGUCUCUUUACAAAUGAGGCAAACACAGUUGUUAUGUAUUUCAAUGAAGAAAUAGUCCAAUUUCCACCCAUCCUUGAACCGUCGGCCCUCGCAGUCAACUUUCCUCCUUUUGCUAAUUGCCGCCAUUUUAGAAAAUUGGGGGGGCUCACAUACUAAUUUGCUGUUCCUAUUUGAGCCUCUAGAUGUCAGCACUUAGAACACGCAAGUAAUGUAUUACACGCGGCCAGGCGUUAUUGAUUCUAUGACGGAGGCUGCGGGCCGGAUGAAAAUUGACCACGGGCCGCAUUUGGCCCCCGGGCCGGACUUUGGACAUGUCUGAAUUAAGUCAACCGUUAGGACCAGUUCAUCAUUCUAACUGGCUAAACUGGUUCUGGCUGGAGAGCCCAGAGGUAAAUCUUCAGUUAAUACCAAUAAUACUGUUUGUUGCUUUAAAUAAUGCUUGCUCAAAUAUGUUAAUUUAAUACACUAAAUUAAACUUUAUUAUGUCUGUACAGUAGCUAAUGUAGUAAGUAAUAAGUAAAUGGUAUAAAGUGAUACCUGUUGGAGUAAGAAGAUACUGAAGACAUCAAAUAAUAUUAUGCAGCAAAUGAAACAUCUAAAGCAUUUUACGGUAAUUAACUGAUGGAGGAUAAGUUCAAGAAAAAGACAGAAGAAAGAAACCAUGAAAUCGGCUGAAAAAUGGAGUGGUUUUGUGUCUUAUUUUGAAAUCAAACCGGAAGUGAUUUUGUGUGUCUGUGACUUUGUUUUUGCUCCGGUCAGUUCGCGUCUCGGUUCUCUGGGUCAGCAGCUCCGGGAACGGUUCGGUAGCGGUUGACUCAGCUCCAGUAUCUCUUCCAUGGAGGAGCCGUGAGGUUCGGACCGGACCGGAGCAGAACUUUCUGUGGGUGAGACAACACAGCGUGAUGCUGUGUUGUCUCACAGCAUCACAGAUGGAGGAGGCGGAGCCUAGCCGCUAUGUGACCCAGCUGAGGGCGGAGUUUGACGGCUGCGAUUCGACGGCGACGGGCUUCCUGGACCGGGAGGAGCUGACCGAGCUGAGCAGGAAGCUGCAGCUGGACGCACACCUGCCGCUGCUGUUGGACACGCUGCUGGGAGAGCGGCACCACGGCAGGGUGAACUUUGAGGAAUUUAAGAAUGGCUUGGUGGUGGUUCUGUCCCACUCUCUGGACUUCAGCACCUCAGAGGACGACAGCAGCUACCUGGAGUCAGCCGUCCCGCAGGAGGUAAAGCCAAAGUUUGUGAAGGGAGCAAAGCGUUAUGGCCGCCGCUCUCGACCCGAAACCCAGUCCAGUACCAGCCUGGACUCGACCCCAACCAGAACCAAACCCGUGGACCUGAACCUGGACUCGUCUCCGCCCGGCGUCCGCAGGGCCAAACUGAGACGGUCCACGUCUUUGGAGAGCGUGGAGAGCCUGAAAUCUGAUGAAGAGACAGGAAGCAGCAGGGUGGACCAGCAGCUCUUUCACAAUAAAGCAGAUCAGCAGCAGGACGUAGGAGGAAGAGCAGCAGGAUGUGAUGUGGCUGCAGUGUGUGAUCACCUGGAACUGCAGGACGCUCUGCUCCAGAGAUUAGAUGCUAACCUGGAUGCUAACCAGGAUGGACGGGUUACCAUCAGGAAGGUUCUGUGGAGCUCCGCCCCCACACUAAGCUCCACCCCUAUCCGGUCAGCUGACCUGCAGAGGGCGCCACUCUGGAACCAGCAGCUGGUACCGGACGGCCCGGUCCGCUCCCUGCUGACAGCCACUGUGGGCCCCAGGGUUCUGACCCGGCUGGACGACGCGGGUGGCACCAGCCCAGAGCGCGUGGCGGCACUGUGGGCCGAGGCGGGCAUCAGGAACAGCCACCAGAUCCUGCAGAGCCUGGACUCCCUGGAGGAGCGGCUCAGCCUAUCGGACCUGACCCUGGUUCUGGACAACGAGCUGCUGCUGAGCUCUAACUCUGUCCACCAGGCGGCGCUCAUCUCCUACAGGACUGAGAUCCAGCACCUGCAGGAGGCGUUGGAGCAGGCCAGCAGGGAGCGGGACAAGUUGAGGUCCGAUCUGGACCGGGCCGACCAGCAGAACCUGCAGCUUGUCCGGGAGGCGGACGACCGGCACGCCAGCAUGGAGGCGCUCAACCAGAACCGGAUCAGGGAUCUGGAGUCGGACUUCAGGCGCCGAGCUGCGGCGCUGCGGCUGCAAGCGGAGCAGGAGAGCGAGGCGCUGCUGCAGCAGGGCGAGCGAGAGCGCAGCGCGCUGCUGCAGGAGCUGCAGCUGCUGCGGGCCAAGGAGGCGGAGCUUCAGGAGGAGCUGGAUGCCGUCGCACAGGAGAAGCAGCGCCAGCAGCAGGACCUCUGCGCCUUGCAGUCGGCGCUGAGGGAAGCAGAUGGUUCUGUUCAGAGGUUGCAGAUGGAUCUGGACCAGUUGCUGCUACACAAGCUCGGUGGUUUGGACCCGGCCGGCGCCGGCCUGAGCCAUGAGGAACGGUUCUGUGAGCUGCUCAGAGAGUCCCAGCGCCAGUGCAGGGAGCUGCAGGACAGAAACGACGAGCUGAGCUCAGAGCUGCUGGAGGCCCGGAGGAGCAGCAGAAGGUCCUCCAGGCCACCAGGGGGCGCCGGCAGCCAGCGCGACGCAGCAGGCGACCCGGACAUGAGGAGCAUCCAGUCGGAGCUGGCGCUGCAGCAGCUGAAGGAGAGCCACCAGGAGGAGCUGCAGCAGCUGCACAUCCAGCUGGAGACCCAGAUGAACUACUACGAGCGGCAGCUGGACAUGAUGAAGCAGAACAUGGAGGUGGAAAGGAAGGACAUCUGCCAGGCCUUCAAGGUGGAGAUCAGUGAGCUGGAGGAGCAGAAGGUCCAGGUGGAGCAGCAGCUGAAGGAGGCGCUGACCCGCCUCCAGAACCAGCAGGGGGCGGGGCUUACCGCUGAGGAGCAGCGCAGGGUGCAGCGAGAGCGGGCCGAGCUGGAGCAGAACUACGCCAGAGAGAUCAGCAACCUGGUGCAGAAGCUGAGCGCCGAGAAGGAGCAGCUGGAGGCGGAGCUUAAGCUGCACGCACAGCAGGAAGUGAUGCGCAUCAGGGCACAGCUGGAGGCGGUCCGGUCGGAGAAUGCGGCUCUGCAGGAGAGGCUGAAGGUUCUGCAGCAGACGGUCCAGAACCUGGAGGAUGAGUCUGAGAAGAGGAGGAGGAGGCAGCAAGAGGUGGAGGAGGAGCAGGAGAGGAGCAGAGAGGAGGAGGAGCGGCUCCACAGAGAGAACUCCCGGUACCGUGAGGAGGUUCUGGACCUGAGUGGCAGGAACCUGCAGCUCAGCAGUGACAACAGCAACCUUAGCAACCGUCUCCAUAGCGAGCAGGAGACGGUGCUGAUGCUGCGGGAGCGCCUAGCAACCGUUACCAAGGAACAGGAAGAGGAGGGGGCUGCUGUGAGGCAGCUGGAGGCGGACCUCAGCAAUGUGAAGGCGGAGCAGCGGGUGAGGGCGGAGCUACAGAAGGUGGAGGAGGAGAGGGAGGAUCUGCAGAAAGACCAGCAGCAGCAGAAAUGCAACGUAAGAUAUGCACUGCAGCUUCUUGUCCUGCAGGUGGAGCAGGUGCAGCAGCAGGUGCAGCAGCAGGUGCAGCAGCAUGUCGCCGCCCUGCAGGCUGAGAUGGAGCUGCUGCGCUGCCAGCUGCUGGCCGCCACGCAGGAGAAGCGGGGCUGUGCCCAGGAAGUGUCGGAACUCCACAGGAAGCUGAGGGAAGCACUCAGUAAGGUGGAGGAGCAACAGGCUGAGGCCCAGAGGUUGAUGGAGGAGAAAGCAGAGCUGCAGCAGAACCUGCACACCCACAAACUGACAGUCCGGAACCAGGAGCUGCAGCACCAGCAGAACCUGAAGUCCAGACUGGACCAGGCGGAGACGGCGCGGACACAGGCAGAGGAGCAGGCGCAGCGGGUGGAUGCGGAAUUAGGCGUGGCAAAGGCGCAGCAGCUGCGGCGGCUGCAGGAGCAUGCGGGCAGCAGGCAGCUGCUUGAGCAGCUGCAGGCGGAGCUGCAGGCAGAGCGGGGACGGAGCCAGCAGCGACAGGCGCAGCUGGAGCUGCAGCUGAAGCAGAGCAGAUCCCAGGCCAGUCUGAAGCAGGAACAGUUCGACAAAACGGCGGCGGCGCUGCAGCAGCGGGCCUCGGGGCUGGAAGCGCAGGUCAAGGUGCUGCGCGGCGUGCUGCAGGACAACGUGCAGCAGCUGAAGGAGCAGAUGGAGCGGAGCAACAAGAUGAGCGGCGCGCUGAAGGAGCUGCACCUGCAGAAUGCGCAGCUGCUGGCGGCGCUGCAGGUUACAGAGCUGCGGCAGAAACAGGCAGAGAAGAAGAAAGAUCAGCUGGAGGACAAGGUCACAGCACUGGUGCUACUGAGGGAGGUGGUGGCCGCCGCCAUGACCUCCAGCUGACCUGUAGCUGGGAGCCGACGACCUUCAGCAAGGAGGCAUCCAAUCAGAGCUCAUCUCCUGGCGU